AUGGCCGCACAUCAGGAGUCGGAAGAAGCCCAGGUGGACAAGAUUACAGAUCUCCUCGCCUGGGGCAACGAUGUCGACAUCAUAGAGCUCGACAAGUCUGGCCACGUUGUCCAGCGGUGGCUUCACGCCCACGACGGCCACGUCCUGCCUCUCAGGCGCAGGUCCAACAGCUUCUUCUCCCGCUCAGUCCGCGAAUGGCGCAAGGCCCUCUUCGACUCGUUCCUCCCCGUCGGCUUCCCGCACUCCGUCUCCAAGGACUACCUUUCGUACCAGUUCUUUGACUCUCUCCAGGCCUUCUUCUCGACCAUCAGCUCUCUUCUUGCCAAUCGCGCCCUGCUGCAAGGCCUAGGCGUUGGAGACGCUUCGUCCUCUGCGACGUUUGCCCUGUUGCUCACCAUCCUCAAGGACGCCAUGUCCCGUAUUGCCACAAUCGUGUUUGCGCACCGCUUUGGCCUUCGCAUCGAGCCGGACGCAAAGCGCUACCGGUUCCUGGCAGAUUUGUUCAACGACACCGCAUUCUUCCUGGAGCUCUACAGUCCGUACCUGGGUUCCUGGGGCAAAGUCGUUGCGCUCAGCACGGGCGAAGCACUUCGAGCGUUGUGCGGUGUUGCUGCCGGUGCCAGCAAGGCGGCGCUUAGUGUGCACUUUGCAAGACAGGACAAUCUCGCGGAACUCAACGCAAAAGAGGCCAGCCAGGAGACGGCCGUGGGAUUGAUCGGCCUGCUUGUGGGAACGCUGGUGGUCAAGACGGUUGAGAAUCACUCAGCCGUUGUGCUCUUAAUGAUUGUCCUCGUCCUUGCCCACCUUGGCAUGAACUACCUCGGCGUUCGCAGCGUGUGCAUGAACACCUUCAACCGACAGAGAGCGACCAUCUUGUUCGAGGAGUAUCUCAAGAGCGGCAAGGUGCUUUCCCCCGAGCAGGUUGCCAACAGAGAAAGCAUCAUCUUCUGGAGCCCUGCCAUCCGCAAUGCUCAAGGGAAGGAGGUCGUCCACCUCGAGUUCGCCGAGAGCUACAGCCACGCCAUGAGCUGCUCCGAUGCCCACGAGAAGCUCAUCAUUGUCGACGGCGCCAUGCACACCCGCUUCAUCUGCUCUCGCGUCCCCGGUCGCCUCACCCGCAUCAAGCUGCUGCUCUGGGACGGAGCCAGUCCGAUGGAUGCCGUGCUCGCCUGGUUCGCUGCCAUGGAGAUUGCCAUCGCGGGCAAGGAUAGGGACAGCGAGUUUGUGCCGCGGUACAAAAGCGAGGACCUUUUGGAGCAGUUGAAGCGGCAGGGAUGGAGCGCUGAUACGCAGGCGUUGGAGACGAAGGCUCCUGUUCGGCUGCAGGUUCGAAAGAGGCGACUUUAG